AUGGCUACAAGUAUGGCUAAGGUAGGGGAAGAACGAGGUAAAGGCAAGCAGCUGUUCUUGUCAAUGGAAACCGGACAGGAAGAGGAAAAGAGAGAGUACUCCGUCCGGCACCGAGAGGAAAAUGUUAAAAAGAGGGGAAACACUUGGGCUUAA